AUGAACGGUCACGCACAGUCAGAAACGCGAUUUGACGUGGUCAUCGUCGGUGCCGGCAUCUCCGGCAUCAACGCCGCCUACCGCCUGCAAGAUGAGCUCCCAGGCUACAGCUAUACCAUUAUCGAAGCUCGCGACGACCUAGGCGGAACCUGGGACUUGUUCAAGUACCCUGGGAUCCGAUCGGAUUCUGAUCUAUUUACCUUUGGCUUCUCCUUCAACCCCUGGAACCAAUCCAACCCCAUCGCUGACGGCCACUUAAUUAAACGCUACAUCGGCGACACUGCCAAGAAAUACGGUAUCGACAAGAAUAUCCAGUACCGCCAUCGUUUGACGAAUGCCAAUUGGUCUAGCGAGGACAACUACUGGUCCUUGAAUAUCGACAACGAUGGCACCGCCAAGACCAUCAAUGCUCGGUUCAUCAUCUUUGGUUCCGGCUACUACAACUACCACGAGCCAUUGGAGGCCACCAUUCCCGGACUGGAAAACUUCCAGGGCCAGGUCAUCCACCCUCAAUUCUGGCCUGAGGAUCUGGAUUACACGGGCAAGAAAGUCGUGAUCAUUGGAAGCGGUGCCACCGCCAUCACCCUCUUACCCAAUUUGGCUCAGAAGGCCGAGCGGGUGACGAUGGUUCAGCGCAGUCCAACUUACAUCCUCUCUCUCCCGAACCGCAGCGGAAAUUGGCUACUCCGUUGGAUCUUGCCGACAAAAACCUACCACAAACUCCAGCGCAUGAUCUGGAUUCUACAAUCACGACUCUUCUUCCUCUUCUGUCAAGGAUUCCCGAAUUUCUCCCGUUGGAUCCUCAAGCGCAGAGCAAGCGGCCAACUCCCUAGCCACAUUCCUCAUAACCCGCACUUCCAGCCCCGCUACAACCCCUGGGAUCAGCGACUCUGUGUCUCGCCAGACGGCGACUUCUAUACCAGUCUCCGCCGCGGCAAGGCCGAUGUGCGGACCGACACCAUCAAGACAGUCACGAAGAAGGGCCUGACGAUCAAUUCGGGAGAGACUCUCGAUGCAGACAUCAUCAUCACUGCAACGGGUCUAAAGCUCCAAAUCGCCGGUGGCGCCACCAUAACUGUCGACGGCGAGAAAAUCAAUAUCGGCUCCAAGUACAUGUGGAACGGAGUCAUGCUCCAGGAUCUUCCCAACGCCUCAUUCAUUAUCGGAUACACCAACGCCUCAUGGACUCUCGGUGCGGACGCAACCGCACAGUUCGUGACUCGCCUGCUCAAGUCCCUGGAGACCCGUAAGCUCAUUGCUGCUACACCCCGUCUGAAGGCGCAGGACGCCGAGAAGAUCCAGCAGCGCCCGUUGCUGAACUUGAACUCUACUUAUGUCACAGUUGCCAACCAGGUCCUGCCUUUGGCGGCUGAUCGGGGUCCGUGGCAAGCGCGUGAUCAUUAUUUGAAGGACAUUAAGUUUGCGACUAAGGGUAGCCUGGAUGAUAGCAUGGAGUAUACCCAAGGGCCGAAUGUGCAUCUUCGUGCUAAGAUAAAUUGA